GCUUUCAGUCAGUUAGGGGGGCGAUUCCAGUCAGUUGCGAGGGCGCUUUCGGUCGGUUACGAGGGCGUGGAGAGCGGCGCCAUGGCUCCGCGGGGGCGGCGGCGGCGGCGGCGGGCGCGCCCUCCCAAGCCUGAGGGUGCAAGACAGUCAAAGAACACCUUAGAAAGAACACAUUCCAUGAAAGAAAAAGCUGGUCAAAAGUGCAAGCCUGUUGAUGUAUUUGAUUUUCCUGAUAAUUCUGAUGUCUCAAGCGUUGGCAGGCCAGGUGAAAAUGAGAAAGAUGAAGAACCAAAUGAGACCUUUGAUCCUCCUUUACACAGCACAGCUAUAUAUGCUGAUGAGGAAGAAUUCUCCAAACAUUGUGGCCUAUCUAUUCCUUCAACUUCUCCAGGAAAAGAAGCAAAAAGAAGUUCAGACACUUCUGGAAAUGAAACAAGUGAGAACAAAUCUGUGAAAAUUAGUGCAAAAAAGUCAGGAAGAAAGCUCAAGCCCAUUAGUGAUGACUCUGAAAGCACUGAAGGAAUUGAUGUAAGAAGAAAAGUUAAAUCAGCAGAGAAAAUAAGUACACAGCGACAUGAGGCUGUUCCAAGUACAGCAUCUUCAGAUCUUUUAGAGAAGCCAAUUGAGUCGGUCACUUCUAGAAAGAUAGGACCCCGUAGUGCCCAGCCUUCUGUUGAAAAAGCGAACUUGGCAAUAGAAAGUCAAUCGAAAACUCAGAAAAAAGGGAAGAUGCCUUAUGACAUAAGGAAGAAAUCAGGAAGUGAAGCCAUAGAUUCAGAUACUUCCAAUACUGUGCAUAUGUGUCUGGACGGAAAGAAAACCAGUGACAUCAUGGAGAUGAAUGUUGUUUUGCCUGAAUUUGGCAAAGUCCACCAAGAGUAUACAAAAAGAAUAGAAUCUAAAAUUUGUAAGGCAGCCAUGGACACAUUUUAUUAUAACGUUAAAGAACAAAUCACCAAAUUGCUUAAAGAAAGCCAGACGUUGAGAAAUCUGAAAAGGAAGAAUGCUAAGAUGAUUUCAGAUAUCGAAAAGAAAAGGCAGCGUAUGAUUGAAGUCCAGGAUGAACUGCUUCGGAUGGAGCCACAGCUGAAAAAACUACAAACCAAAUAUGAUGAACUUAAAGAGAGAAAGUCUUCCCUUAGGCAUGCAGCAUAUUUCUUAUCUAAUUUAAAACAGCUCUAUCAAGAUUAUUCAGAUGUUCAAGCGAAAGAACCAAAUGUAAAGGAAAUGUAUGAUUCAUCCAGCCUUCCAGCUCUGUUAUUUAAAGCAAGAACACUUUUGGGAGCUGAAAGCCAUCUGCAAAAUAUCAACCAUCGGUUAGAGAAGCUCCUUGACUAGAAAUGAGAAGAGCAGUCUACUAAAACGUGCCUAUAGGAAGACUAGUCUCAUGCUGUUAGCUUUUGAAACUGUACUUUAUUAAAUAAAGUUUUGCAAAGCAGUUAAGGCCUACUUACCAGAAUCUAAAAUUUGUUAUUCCAAUUAAAUGGUUGUGAACAAUGUUAAAAUGGCAUCAGUAGUUUUAGAGGCCAUAAUCUUUUCUGGUUAAUAUCUUCAGUAAUUUUAAAAUGCUGACACCUUGUCUAAUCAGCCCCAGAUAUAAGAGUUGUAAUAAACUUGUAAAAUUAA